CUGGGGGCACGGAGGAGAGAGGCAGGAGCCGGAAGGAGGCAGGGACCAGCCCCCACCCCCCGCAGCAGCUUCUCCGGGACUCUCUCCAGCCUCCCUCUCCGCUGCUCGGGGAGCCUCGGGAGGUUCCUCCCCAAUGCGCGGCGGGGAAGGAGCGCGGCGAUCUCGCUGAGGGGCCGGAGCCGAGCGCUCGCCGGGUCCCAGCCCGACUUCCAGGGGCGCGAGAGGCGGGAUUUGCGGAGUAUGCUGGCGGGCAGCAGGCUCCCAUGAUGAGAGGGUGGAUCCUGCUUCUCGCUGUGCUCCUAGCUCCGGCACCAGUUACGGCACAAAAAAGAAACCAAGGGACGUGCAUCAAUGUCUAUGCGGCAGACAUCGUGUUCCUGGUGGAUGGCUCCUCCAGUAUCGGGAGGACCAACUUCCGCAUGAUCCGAGCCUUCAUGGAGGACCUGGUCAGGCCCUUUGUCCAUGUGGUCGGUGAGAGCGCGGUGCGAUUCGGGGCAGUGCAGUACAGCGACGACCCCAAGCUCGAGUUCACGUUCUCCCAGCAUCCCAACGGGACGGAGGUGAAGAGGGCCAUCCAGCAGCUGAGCUACAAAGGCGGGAACACACGCACGGGCGCCGGUCUCCGGUACAUCGCUGACAACUUCUUUGGGCCCACUCAGGUCCGGGCCGGGGUCCCAAAGGUCUGCAUCCUCAUCACAGAUGGCAAGUCUCAAGAUGACACCGAGCAGCCCUCUGUGAAGCUGAAGGCUCAGGGCACUAAGGUCUUUUCUGUGGGGAUCAGGAGUGCAGACCGCGCGGAGCUCAUGCGUGUGGCCUCCACUCCCACAGAGGACUACUUCUUCUACGUCAAUGACUUUAAGAUCCUGGGCACCCUGCUGCCGUUGGUGUCUCAGAGGGUGUGUGCCAGCACUGGAGGGGUCCUGCAGACGGGUCCACGGGUGUACAGUGGCCCAUCCAACCUGGUCUUCGUGGAGCAGGCGGUCGACAUGCUGAGGAUCCGCUGGACUGCAGCGGGCGGCCCGGUCACAGGCUACAAAGUCCAGUACGUGCCGCUCACGGGCUUGGGGCAGCAAGUGACAGCAGAGAUGCAAGAGGUCAGCCUGAGUCCCGGGGAGACGAGCGCCGUGCUGAGCCAGCUGAGAGGAGGAACGGAUUAUCUGGUCACCGUCAUCGCCCAGUAUGCCAACAGCAUCGGCGAGUCGGUCUCUGGCAAAGGACGCACUGGGGCCCUAUCUGGAGUGUCGAAUUUCCGAGUGGUGGAGGCUGGGCCGUCCUUCCUCAGACUGGCCUGGGGAGCUGCUUUGGAGAACUUGCAGGGCUACCGGCUCACCUACGUGGCCCGAGGUGAAGCUCAAGCGGAGGAGAUGAGCCUGGGAGCCAACGCCGUGUCCGUCACGCUCAGCAACCUGCGCCCCAACACUGACUACGUGGUCACGCUUCAGCCUAUCUCCCCGCGGCAGACGGCAGCACCGGCCCAGCUAACCGGCCGAACCCUGCGUUUGGAAGGGGUGCAGCAGCUGUCAGUUCAGAACAUCUCCCAGCAGAGCAUGCUGGUGACCUGGCGGAGUGUGAGUGGAGCUACUGGAUACCGGGUGUCCUGGGGGCUCCCCUCAGGCCAGGACAUUCGGAAAUUUGAUGUGGAUGCCAGCAAGAAUUCCUACCUGCUGACAGGGCUGCAGCCAGACACGGAUUACCUGCUGACGGUCACUUCACUCUACGGGCAAGUGGAGGGGCCCCCAGCCUCCAUUAGGAGAAGAACAGAAACAGGCAUAGUCCAGUCCCUGAGGACCGUCAUUCUGGGCCCAACAUCCAUCCAGGUGGCCUGGAACAUCAUCCGCGAUGCCCGUGGCUACAGGCUGGAAUGGAGAAGAGCAACAGGUGCUGAGCCCCCACAGACUGUGUCCCUGCCCACCAACAUCAACAGCUACCAGCUCACCGGCCUGCAGCCAGCCACGGAAUAUCGCAUCACCCUCUACACACUGUACGACGGGAGGGAGGUGGCCACACCUGUAACCAUCUCCCAGACAGGAGUGGAGCCCCCAGUGGGCCGCAUUUCUGACCUGCGGGUCAUUGAUACCGUGGGGAAGAGGAUCCGGCUGGCCUGGACUGGGGUCCCGGGUGCCACCGCGUACAAGAUUGUGCUGCACAACUCCCAGGAUGGCAGUGACAAGACCAGGCAGAUCCCAGGCACCCAGACCACGCUGGAGCUCGAGGACCUGAGAGAGGAGGUCACCUAUGUAGUGCGUGUGUCAGCCCUGAUUGGCAGGCGCGAGGGCAGUGCUGUCCCCAUCAGUGUCCGCAUUGAGCCGUCAGUGAGCAGCGUGUCCAACCUGCAAGUGGUGCCUGUGGGCGUGGGCCGUGUGCGGCUUCUGUGGAGUGCCAUACCCAGGGCCACUGAGUACAAGCUGGUGAUCACCAACAGGCAGGAUGGCUCAGAGGAGACCAGGCGCGUCCCCGGCAACCGGAAUUUCUUUGAGCUGCAAGAUUUGAAGGAGGGAGUCACAUACCUGGUGCAGGUGACAACCCUGAUGGGCAGCCAGGAAAGUGAUCCUGCCACUAUCACUGUCCAGCUGGAUCCCCUGUCUGUGGGCAGCGUCACCAACCUGCGGGUGGCUGAGAUGAGACCCAACCAGCUGAGGGUCGCAUGGAGUGGGCUUCCUGGGGCGACUGGCUACAAGUUGACGUGGCAGGCGAGUGAUGGCCAGGCGAUCUCCCGGGUCCUGCCAGCCGACAGGACCUCCUUCAGCAUUGAGGAGCUGCAGGCCGGGGCCAUCUAUGUUAUUGGGGUCUCGGCCCUGGUUGGCAGCAGGGAAGGCAGCCCCAUCACCAUCACGGCUAGAACAGCUCCGGAGCAGGUGGGGACAGUCUCCAGCCUCAAGGUCCUCUCGUCCAGGAGCAACGUUGUCCGGGUCACCUGGGUUGGAGUGCCUGGGGCGACAGCCUACAAGGUGGUGUGGAGCCGGCGAGACGGGGGCUCCGAGUCGAGCAAGAUGGUUUCUGGUGACACCAGCUCCUUUGACAUUCUCAACCUGGAGGGUGGAGUCAGCUACACCGUGAAGGUCACAGCACUGAUUGGCAACCGCGAGGGUGACCCUGUCUCCAUCAUUGUCACCACACCGGCAGAGGUGGCCCCCCAGCCUGUGGGGAACCUGCGGGUGAUUGACUCCUCGGACCAGCGCAUUCGCCUCACCUGGAGCCCGGCGCCGGGCAGCACCGGAUACCGCCUGCGCUGGAGGCCAGCAGAUGGGGGGCCGGAGAGGAGCCAGCUGCUUGCCCCCAACGUCAACUCCUACGACAUCGAAGGCCUGGAGGUGGGAGAGCGCUACGAGAUCUGGAUCACCAGCCUGGUGGGCAGCCAGGAGAGCGAGACAGUGGGCAUCGCUGCCAACACUGCACCGCUGGGCCGAGUCACCAAUUUCCGGGUGACGGAGACCCGAGACAAUUCUGUGACCUUGGCCUGGACUCCGGCUCCCAGAGCCACCGGCUACCUCCUAACCUGGAAGCUGCCCAGAGAGGGAGGCGAGACGCAGAGUACACUGCCUGGGUCAGCAACUUCCCACCAGGUGUCGGGGCUGCGGCUGGGGCACAGAUACCUCUUCACCAUCCGGCCGCUGUUUGGGAGCGCCAGGGGCGCGGAGUCCACCGUCACCGACCGCACAGUUUGCAGGGACGCUCGCGGUGACAUCAUCUUCCUAGUUCAUGGCACGCGGGACAGUGCCUACAGCGCCGAGACCAUCCGUGCCCUGCUCUCCAACACCGUCUCAGCGCUGGGCCAGCUGGGCCCCGAUGCCUCCCAGGUGGGCCUAGUGAUCUACAGCUACCGCAGCAUCCCAUGGGUCCUACUGAAUCACUCCAGUGACCUGGGCGCUGUCCUGGAGCGGAUCCGCACCAUGCGCUACGAGGAGCCCAGCGGCAAUGCCCUGGGAGCUGCCAUCAACUUUGCCAGGACCUACAUGCUGAGCCCCAGUGCAGGGCGCCGGCCUGGUGUGCCAGGGGUGCUGGUAGUGCUGGCAGACAGCCCCUCUGGUGACGAUGCCAUUGGGCCGGCCAGGGAGAUCAAGGCAGCAGGGAUCCAGGUGCUGGCGGUGGGCAUGGACGGGGCAGAUCGUGAGCAGCUGCGCCGCAUUGUCACCAAUGAAGACCCACGCCAUGUUUUCUAUGCCAAGGAUUCGAGGGCCGGUCUGUCAGAGCUGGAGGACAGGCUCGCCAGCACCCUCUGCAGGAUGACUGUCACGGACAGGCUGGAGCCCUGCACAGUUCAGUGUCCCAAGGGUGAGAAGGGGGAGCCCGGCCAGACUGGGCAGAAAGGACGCGUGGGGCAGCCUGGCCCCCCUGGAGACCCGGGGCUCAAUGGGCUUCCGGGCCCCCCAGGACCAAUGGGGCCACGGGGUGCCCCAGGCGAGAUCAUCGAGCGGCCAGGCCAGAAGGGGGAAAGAGGAUACCCAGGAGCGGAUGGGAUCCCAGGAAGCCCUGGUCGCCCUGGCAACUCUGGCUCUCCUGGCCAGCCGGGUAGACAAGGCAUUCCCGGCCUCCGAGGUCUCCCGGGGGAGCAGGGCCCAGUGGGGCCUCCCGGGCAGCGGGGAGAGAAAGGCGAGCCGGGAGAUCCAGGAGUGAUUGUGAACGGAGGAGGGAGGCUGCCUGGCCGGAAAGGGGAGCCUGGGAGUCCGGGAAAUCCUGGCAUCCCUGGGAACCCUGGGCCUAGAGGAGCGGUCGGUGAUCCAGGACCUCCUGGGCCCAUUGGACCUCCAGGGCCAUCAGGACCUGCCGGAGAGUUUGUCAAGGGGGCGAAAGGCGAGCGAGGGGAGCGGGGCCCCCCCGGGCUGAUUGAUGGGGUAUCUCCCGGAGGAGAGCCAGGCAUCCCGGGCUUGCCUGGCGAUCCUGGUUCCCCUGGGCCCCGGGGACCUGCUGGGCCCCCAGGACAGAAAGGAGACAAGGGUGAUGGGGAAGAAGGUUUUCCAGGGCCGCCAGGUCGUCAAGGGGACCCAGGAGAUCGGGGCCCGAGAGGACCUCCAGGUGAACAAGGAAGCAAGGGAGACCGCGGGCAGCCGGGAGAACUCGGAGAAGCAGGGGAGAAGGGCGAUCGCGGACCCCCUGGGCCGGAAGGGAAGAAGGGGGAGCUGGGAGCUCCAGGCCGCCUGGGCCCAGCAGGCAGAGAGGGAUUGCCAGGACCGUCCGGCCCCCGAGGGGAAAAGGGGGAUCAAGGUGCUCCUGGGGAACCUGGAAAGCCGGCUUCCAGCGUCUCCGGGAUCAAAGGAGAGAAGGGUGACAGAGGCCCUGCAGGAGCAGAGGGGGCCCCGGGUUCCAGGGGAGACACAGGAGAUAAAGGAGACCGCGGCCCCCCUGGAUUCAGUGUCGCUGGCCCUCCUGGCCCCAAGGGAGAACAGGGUGACAGGGGGAUUGUCGGCCUCACUGGCAAGAGUGGCCCAAAGGGUGACCCAGGGGAACCCGGUGAGAAGGGGGAGCUGGGGAGACCAGGAGCUCCGGGGCCGAUGGGCCUGCGAGGGAAGGAGGGUGAACGUGGUGAGAAGGGUGACGAGGGGACCCCAGGAGAGUCGGGCCAGCCUGGAAAACCUGGCGACCGGGGCCCCCGGGGCCUACCAGGAAACCGUGGCCUCCCCGGGGAGAAGGGUGACCAGGGAGACUCUGGUGAGGAUGGCAGAAAUGGCAGUCCUGGAGUACCAGGGGCCAAGGGCGACCGCGGGGAACCGGGGCUGCCUGGACCCCCAGGACAAAUUAUCAAUUUGGAACCUGGAGGAGGAAUUGGAGAGAAAGGCGAGAAGGGGGCGCCAGGGGACCCCGGAGAGGAUGGGAUGAAGGGUGCGAAGGGCGAAGCUGGGGUACCUGGCCUGCUUGGAGAGAGGGGGAUUGAAGGUCCCAGAGGCCCCCCUGGAGCUCGGGGUGACCCUGGAGACCGAGGCCAAUCAGGAGACAAGGGAGACCGAGGCCCUCCGGGGCUGGAUGGCCGGAACGGCUUGGAUGGCAAACCUGGGCAAAUGGGCCCUGCGGGGCAAAGGGGUGACCCAGGCAAGCAGGGUGACCCCGGCCGAGAUGGGCUGCCAGGCCAGCGAGGGGAGCAAGGUCCCCCAGGAGCCAUGGGCCCCCCGGGACCACCAGGCUUGGCUGGCAAACCCGGCGACGACGGCAAACCCGGCCUGAAUGGGAAGAACGGAGAAGAUGGGACUCCAGGAGAAGAUGGGAGGAAGGGGGACAAAGGAGAAGCUGGCGCCCCUGGCAGAGACGGUCAAGAAGGCCCCAAGGGCGAGCGAGGAGACCGUGGGGCGCCAGGCCCCUUGGGACCUCCUGGUGUCCCCGGUGUACCUGGGCAGGUUGGACCCCCAGGCCAGGGUGCUCCAGGCCUUGCUGGGGCUGCCGGACAAAAGGGUGACCGAGGAGAGGCUGGAUCCAAAGGAGAACAGGGCAGACCUGGGGAUCCUGGACAACGUGGUGAGCCUGGGACCGUCUCGAAUAUUGAACGUGCCCUGGAAGCCUAUGGGAUUAAGAUUGCCUCGCUCAGAGAGAUCACUGGAGCCUAUGACGGCAGCACUGAUCCAUUUCUGCCCUACCCUGACCGCCGGAGAGGCCCAAAGGGUGAUAGGGGAGACUCAGGGGAGAGGGGACCUCCAGGCAAAGAGGGUGUGAUGGGCUUUCCUGGAGAGAAAGGGCCCAAGGGCGACAAAGGAGACCAAGGCCCUGCUGGCCCCCAAGGCCCCAUGGGACGUGCUAUCGGAGAGCGAGGUCCAGAGGGGCUGCCUGGCCAGGCAGGGGAACCUGGCAAGCCUGGAAUCCCAGGGGUGCCAGGGCGGGCCGGGGAGCUCGGAGAGGCUGGCAGGCCUGGCGAGAAGGGCGAUCGGGGCGAGAAGGGCGAUCGGGGAGAGCCGGGCAGAGACGGCGUGCAGGGUCCUCCAGGGCCCCCGGGACCCAAGGCAGAUGUGGUGGAAGGGAGCCUCUCGGGUCUUCCGGGGGAGCGUGGACCCACAGGACCCAAGGGAGCCAAGGGAGAGCCCGCUGUGGAUGGCGAGAGAGGACCCAAAGGAGAUAAGGGUGAACCUGGGCAGAAGGGGGAGAGAGGAGAAGUUGGCGAGAAAGGCAGGGAUGGCAGCCCGGGCCUCCCAGGAGAAAGAGGCCUUGCUGGGCCGGAAGGGAAACCGGGUAUGCCAGGCUUUCCCGGAGUUCUAGGCCGACCGGGCAACCAGGGAGAUCCAGGGCCACCAGGCUCAGCUGGGCUUGUUGGACCACCAGGCGCUCAGGGCCCACCUGGAAUAAAGGGAGAUUCGGGUGAGCCUGGCUCCAGCAUUCGGGGCUUGCCCGGGCCCCAGGGGAGUGUCGGCCUCCCAGGCCCCUCAGGCCCCCCCGGCCUUGUGGGACCGCAGGGCGCCCCAGGAUUGCCAGGACCAGUGGGCGAGACUGGAAAGCCUGGAGUGCCGGGGAGAGAUGGAGUGCCAGGGAAGGAGGGAGAACCAGGGCUGCCUGGGAAAAUGGGUGUGCCAGGACCCACAGGCCCUGCCGGACCUAAAGGAGCGCCAGGGGACGCCGGGCUCCCAGGACAGACGAUUGUCGGUCCUCCUGGGAUGAAAGGCGAGAAGGGUGAAUCCAGAGGGACUGAAGGGAACCUGCUGGGUGAACCGGGUGCCAAGGGCGAGCGAGGCUUACCGGGCCCCAGGGGAGAGAAGGGGGAUCCUGGAAGACAGGGGGAACCUGGAGACCCUGGGGAAGAUGGAGCCAAAGGAUCCCCUGGAGUCAAAGGGGAAAAGGGUUCGGUUGGCAUUGGCCUGCAGGGACCCCCUGGACAAGAUGGGCCUCAAGGUUUGAAGGGUGACACUGGCUUACCUGGCCCACCAGGAUCCCCGGGCUUGCCAGGCAUCGCAGGGACCCCCGGCCAGCCAGGUCUGAGGGCAGAGAAUGGACAGCCAGGCCCACCAGGACCUCCAGGAGAGAGGGGUUUGAUUGGCUUCCCUGGAAGAGACGGCACCUCUGGCUCACCAGGGCCGCCGGGGCCCCCAGGGCCAGCGGGGGCACAAGGCGUCCCAGGACUGAAGGGUGACAAGGGGAACGUGGGGGUUGGACAGCCGGGCCCUAGAGGCGAGCGAGGAGACCCAGGGCCACGGGGUGAAGACGGGCGCCCAGGGCUGGAGGGAGAUCGUGGGCCUGCGGGGCCUCCCGGAAACCGAGGGGAGCGUGGUGACAAAGGAGACGUUGGAGUUAUGGGGCCCAAAGGAGACAAGGGUGAUACCAUCAUUGUGGAGGGGCCGGCUGGAGUCCGGGGAAGCAAGGGGGAGCCGGGAGACCGCGGUCUGAAGGGGAUGGAAGGGGAAAAAGGCGACAAGGGUGACCCGGGCCUCCCAGGAGAGAAGGGAGGAAGGGGCGAGCAAGGGGAGAAGGGCUCCACAGGCUUCCCAGGAGCACGUGGUCCCGGAGGGCAGAAGGGUGAAGUUGGCGUAUCGGGAGACCCCGGAGAGUCGGGCCUGCCAGGAAAGGAUGGAAUCCCAGGAUCCAGAGGGGAGAAAGGGGACAUCGGGCCACUGGGAAUGCGAGGCCCUAAGGGGGAUCGGGGAACAAAAGGUGCCUGUGGCCAGGAUGGAGAUAAGGGGGAGAAGGGGGAGCCGGGGAUUCCAGGCCGAAUGGGACUUCCAGGAAGGAAGGGCGAGCUGGGAGAGCUGGGCAUGCCUGGAACCCCAGGAAUCCCGGGGAAAGAAGGUCUCAUGGGACCCAAGGGUGACAGGGGAUUUGAUGGUCAGCAGGGAGCCAAAGGAGACCAGGGAGAGAAAGGAGACCGGGGUACUCCAGGCAUUAUUGGCUCCCCAGGCCCUAGGGGCAAUGAUGGAGCACCUGGCCCACCUGGCCCCCCAGGUAGUGUUGGCCCUAAGGGCCCUGAGGGGAUUCAAGGGCAGAAGGGUGAAAGAGGCCCCCCAGGGGAGUCAACUGUAGGGACCCGAGGUGUCCCUGGGAUUCCAGGAGAGAGAGGAGAUCAGGGGAAUCCAGGACUUGAAGGCUCGAGAGGAGAGAAGGGGGACCCUGGCAUGACGGUGAGAAGAGAGCUCCCUGAGGUCUUGGAGCAAAGCCCUGACCCACAAUGA